UGAGCCCCGGAGAAUUUUACCACUGUACACCAGCCUGGGGAACAGAGUAAGACCCUGUAUCAAAAAAAAAAAAAGGUCCUGGUUUUGCCCCAUCAAUGACAUCAAUGAAAUAAUCAGCUGUUUAACCCAGUUUUCCAGGUUGCAUGCUAUCAUAAACUUGUAGAAGAAAAUUGUCCUUAAAAAAACAAACAAACAAAAAAAAACCUAGAGCAUUUGGAAGCCUUAAUCUUCUUCUAACUUCUAGUUAGAGAAGAUAACAGUAAAAAAAAAUGUUUUUCUUUCCUCACAGAGCAUUUUAUCAUUGAAUGUGGAGAUAUAAGACAGUUUAAUGUACAAUAUUUGGUUUUAAUGCAGAAAUUUGUGGUUUGGUAAGCUUGAUAAAUUGAUUUCAAGAAAUAAAUUGAUUUCAAAAAUCAGGAAGAUUUUCAAAUGGUUUACCUUUGUUUUCUGCUAACAUUACUUAUAUUGCAACUUUGAAUCUUUUCUAGAUUAAUUACUAUAAAUUACAUUUUAAUAUAUAUAGAAUACUUUGUGUUUAGAAUUUUUCAGUGUUGUCCUUUGGAUGAAUAGCAUCAUUUUUUCAGGUACAGUUAGUGUUUAUUUUAGCCUUGUCUUAGUACUUCACAGUAACUAUAAAAAGUAAAGAACUGGACAUAGCUGCAGAUGUUUCCAAUAGCUUGACCCCUUAAACAAAAGCUGACAUUUAAUUGUUGUUUCUAGCAUUUUUUUCAUGCAGUUUACAUUGAAAUACCUUUUCCAGUGUGCUCCUGAGAAGAUGAGACAUUAUGUAUGUUGGUUUCUCCCCCUACAUGCACUAAUGGUUCUUUACUGUUAACUUAUUGCUAGGCCUGUUUCAUUCUAACAUCUUAGCAUUUUUGUUAGACUACAUGUUGAAAUGCAUCACUCAGUCUGUGCUUGAGCUCAUUUUAUUUUUCUGUUUAAUCAACUUAAUUUCUUGUUUUACUAACCUCACUGUUUUUUCAGUUUAAUAUUGGCUGCAUGCUAGUUAAAUAUUUAUAUUAUAUAUAUUAUUAUUUUUUAAACCAAUCAAGUCUAGCCUGGAUUUUGCUCUGAUUGUUUUUUCAUUUCUAGUGGUGGGGCAGUCUUACACUUACAACUUACUUUGUAUCAUGAAAGCCUGACACAUAAACAAAACAACUAAACACAAUGUAGAUUUUCUUAAAAAACAAAAAAAAAAAAACACAAAACUUAAAGUGGUGCUGUUUAGGUGGUGGAUAUGACUGUAUAAGUACCUUGAUUUUAUGCUUUUUAAUGUUAUUUUAAAACUUCAUAAAUGUAUUCUUCCCCUUUUCCCUUUCCCCUUUUUCUCCAUUUUAAAAUGUUAUGUGCAAAAGUUGCCCAGCACACCAUCAGAAAGGACCCGUACCCCAUAUGUUUUCCCAUAUAAAAUACUAGCCAGCUUUUCUUUUUACAUUAAUGUCCCUCUUAUUGGGCACAUUUACUCUAUUAUUAGCACCUUUUUGCAUGCAUAUAUGUAGAAUUAUCUCUUGCUCAUCAUCUGUUUUAAUGUCUCUAGGAAGGGAAGAAUAUAUUAUUGGAAUAUUUUUGGUUUGUCUUUCUGUUCUAUCUGUCAGGAUAAUAUUGGACACCGCUUACUCCAGAAACAUGGGUGGAAGCUGGGCCAGGGAUUGGGAAAAUCUCUUCAGGCAUUAUGAUCCUGGACUUGUUGUGGUGAUGGUAAACUUAGCAGUGGUAAUUUUUUAUUUUCAGACUGAAUUACUCCUUUUGUCAUCAGUGCACCAAUAUGUUAGGCUUACUUUCUCUGUUGUAGCCUUCAUCCUUCUGCUUGGUCUUUUUCAUUUUCCUUUCCUUUCCUUAUGCAACUUGUCUGAUCCUUGUUCAUUAAAGGGUAAUGUUAAGAAGGGAUGUAUCUGUUUGUGUUAGAACUGCCAACAAAAUCAGUUAAAACAUUAAAUUCUAAUACUGUCAAAAACUUGAUUUCCCCACAAUGUAAUGGGCACUAGCACUUGCUACUGCAAUUUAUAAAUAAAUUAAAACAAACUUUGACUGCCUUAGAAGGCAAAAGUACUAAUGCAGAGUUUAUAAACAGGGGUUUACAGAGGUAAUGAAUUUGUACCAAAACUUCUUGAUUCUUGCAAAACAAAUUCUGAAAGAUCAAAAAAUAUACCAAAAUAAAUUCCUUUGACAUUUCUUUUUAAUUCUUUCAUUGGACCAUUUGUUUUUACCAGUAAAUCCCUGAUUGAGACGUUAUGAAAGUGAUAUUGCACCUAGGAAGUCAUUUUUAUAACCUGUCUUUAAUUUGGUCCUUUUGCUAAAGAUUGCAGUCACUGCUUAUUUAUUAUACCAUUGGGCAUAAGGUAGUAAUGCAUUUUCAUUUUGCUUUACUGGCAGUCUUUGUAUCUAAAAGAAGGCUGUAUUCUAGAAGUUUUCCUUUUUUUUUUCUGACAUGAGAUGUUCUUUCUUUAACAGUUUUGUUUUGUAUUGUGAUAAUUCUAAUUUUUCCUAUUUAUUGUUUAAAAACAACAAUAGGAUACAUAAGUAAACUUAUGAAUUUUUCAUUACAUCUUAAAGGCAAAAACUAAUUCCACAGAUACAGAGCCACUGAAUACAAGUGGUUGUGAUCAUUUUGAACAUGGUUUCUUCUUUAUUUUGCAGGACCAAAACCAGUCAUGGUCAUGGCCUUUAUUUUUUUUUUUUAAGUUUUUUUGGGGUUGGGGGGGUAAUGUCUCAGAUUUAGCCUAAGAAAACUCCAUUUUUAGCCCAAAGGUAUAAUAUAUAUAUGUGUGUAUAACAACAACAACAAUACAACCAAAAAAACCAAUUGUUUACACCAGCCUGAGUGAAAUGAUGAGGGAAGUAAACAUUGUGUUUUUUCACUAAAGGUGUACAACGGAUAAGGUAAGUCCUCUUUUCAGUGGGCUUACAUCACAAUAAAAAGCGCAAGUUGUGAUGUAAAACAGCUGUGGUAGUAAAGUGCUUGUCUGCCCCAUUUUGCUUUGUUUGGCUGGUUAUGAGUGGAUUAAAUAUAUAUUUAUUAAAAAAAAAAUCUCCAGCAUAGAUCAAUUAGUUUAAAGUCAAUUUUCUUCGCAACUAGUCCUUUUCACAGCUUACCAGUUAACCCUGCAGUGUUAAAUCCAACCUAGGAAAUGGGACUUUAGAGCACCAGAUUAAAAGGAAAACUAUUCUUUGUCUCUAAGGGCAACUAAUUGUUGCUUCUUAUUUAAAUUUUUCACAGCACCAUUAAAUUGUAAAGCACCUCCUUGUCUAUGAGGAUCAUAAAAAAAAAAAUUUUUUUGAAAACAAAUUUUAACAUCCUGAGUUGUCAUUAUAAAGUUUUACUACAUCAUGUUUGAAAAUGUGCUUCUUCUGUUUAACCAUGCCAGUUGAGAUUUUUUUUUUUUAACCAGUUUAAAAAAGUUGUGUAGGAGGAUUAUCAGUGGACAGAGUGAAGUGAUUUUUGAUGGGAAGUUAUUUGGGGAUCUUAAAAAACAUUUUUAAAGCUUUAAAAUUUAAACCUCCUGAUGCCAUUGCUUAAAAGUGCUUUGCAUUACUUAUUAAUCAAGUUUUGCCAUAGUAAUUUGGAAUUAAUCCCAACUGGAAGGUCAGCCAAGGUGGUUAGUUGGGUUUCAACUAGGAAAGGAAGGUCUUGAGUGUAAGCUGUGAGAAUGGCUUGUGUUUGGUUCACUGUAGCUUUCUGGUCUCUGCACUCCAAGGCAAGAUCUCUAACCACCCAAACCCAAUGUGUAAAAUGAGCUGUUGGCUUGGCUUUGCACCUUACCUUGAUUAUGUGUUCCUAUUACAGGGAGAACAGAUCCCAUUCCAAUCGUUGUCAAGUAUGAUGUCAUGGGCAUGGGUCGCAUGGAAAUGGAGCUUGAUUAUGCUGAAGAUGCUACCGAACGGCGCCGUGUCCUAGAAGUGGAAAAAGAAGACACAGAAGAGCUGAGACAAAAGUACAAGGAUUAUGUUGACAAAGAAAAGGCAAUUGCCAAAGCCUUGGAAGACCUCAGAGCCAACUUUUACUGUGAACUCUGUGAUAAGCAGUAUCAGAAACAUCAGGAAUUUGAUAACCAUAUCAACUCCUAUGAUCAUGCACACAAGCAGGAAGGCACACAGGAUUAUUAUGAAUCUGAGAUAAUAGCUGAUGUAUUGAAAGCAAAUCCUUCUAAUUUGGGAGCCCAGAUCACAAGAAGAUUAAAAGAUCUCAAGCAGAGAGAGUUUGCUCGAAAUGUCUCUUCAAGAUCCCGCAAGGAUGAGAAAAAACAGGAAAAAGCCCUUCGGCGGCUCCAUGAGCUGGCAGAGCAAAGAAAACAAGCUGAAUGUGCACCUGGAAGUGGUCCCAUGUUCAGACCAACCACAGUGGCUGUAGAUGAAGAAGGUGGAGAAGAUGAUAAGGAUGAAUCAGCUACAAAUAGUGGCACAGGUGCCACUGCCUCUUGUGGCCUGGGAUCUGAAUUUUCCACAGAUAAAGGAGGCCCUUUCACUGCAGUACAAAUCACUAGUACCACUGGACUGGCACAGCCUCCUGGGUCAGCCUCCCAAGGCAUCAGCUUUGGCAUUAAGAAUAAUCUGGGGACCCCAUUGCAAAAAUUGGGAGUGUCAUUUUCUUUUGCCAAGAAGGCUCCUGUCAAACUUGAAUCAAUAGCAUCAGUUUUCAAGGACCACGCGGAGGAAGGGACCCCUGAAGAUGGAACAAAACCUGAUGAGAAGGGUUCUGACCAAGGACUGCAGAAGGUAGGAGACUCUGAUGGUAGCAGUAAUCUUGAUGGUAAAAAAGAGGAUGAAGACCCUCAGGAUGGAGGGUCUCUUGCCUCAACGUUAUCCAAAUUAAAAAGGAUGAAGCGAGAAGAAGGAGCUGGGGCUACAGAGCCCGAGUAUUACCACUACAUCCCCCCAGCACACUGCAAAGUAAAACCUAAUUUUCCCUUUCUACUUUUUAUGAGAGCCAGUGAACAAAUGGAAGGUGAUAAUAGUACACACCCAAAGAAUGUCCCAGAGAGUAAAAAAGGCAGUUCUCCCAAGCCUAAAAGCUGCAUCAAGGUGGCAGCAAGCCAAGGAGCAGAAAAGACUAUUAGUGAAGUCUCUGAGCAGCCAAAGGAAACCACCAUGACCGAGCCCUCAGAACCAGGAAGCAAAGCUGAGGCAAAGAAAGCCUUAGGAGGGGAUGUAAGUGAUCAGAGUUCAGAGAGUCAUAGUCAGAAGGUUUCAGAGACCCAAAUGUGUGAGUCCAACUCUUCCAAAGAAACCUCUCUGGCCACCCCAGCAGGGAAAGAAAGCCAAGAAGGACCCAAACAUCCUACUGGUCCCUUUUUCCCAGUUUUGAGCAAAGAUGAAAGCACUGCCCUCCAAUGGCCGUCAGAACUAUUAAUUUUCACCAAGGCAGAACCAUCCAUUUCAUACAGUUGUAACCCUUUAUAUUUUGACUUUAAACUUUCAAGGAACAAAGAUGCCAGAACUAAAGGGACAGAAAAGCCAAAGGAUAUAGGAAGUUCCUCAAAGGAUCAUCUCCAAGGCCUAGAUGCUGGUGAGCCAAAUAAAAACAAGGAAGGGGGUGGAGAGAAAAUAGUACGUUCCUCAGGAGGCAGAAUGGAUGCACCUGCUUCAGGGUCUGCCUGUAGCAGCCUGAACAAGCAGGAGCCUGUGGGUAGCCAUGGGUCUGAGACAGAAGACACAGGGAGAAGCCUUCCCAGCAAGAAAGAACGAUCCGGGAAGUCCCACCGGCACAAAAAGAAAAAGAAGCACAAAAAAUCCAGCAAACACAAACGUAAACACAAGGCUGACACAGAAGAGAAAAGCUCUAAGGCAGAGUCAGGGGAGAAAUCUAAGAAGCGCAAGAAACGAAAACGAAAGAAGAAUAAGUCAUCAGCCCCAGCUGAUUCUGAACGAGGACCCAAACCAGAACCCCCUGGGAGUGGCAGUCCUGCACCACCAAGAAGACGGCGGCGAGCUCAAGAUGACUCCCAGCGAAGAUCCCUCCCAGCUGAAGAGGGGAGCAGUGGCAAAAAGGAUGAAGGUGAGGGCGGUAGCAGCUCCCAAGACCAUGGUGGGAGGAAACACAAAGGUGAACUUCCACCUUCAUCCUGCCAGCGAAGAGCAGGCACCAAACGGAGCAGCCGGUCUAGCCAUCGGAGCCAACCCAGUAGUGGAGAUGAGGAUAGCGAUGAUGCUUCAUCACACCGGCUACACCAGAAGUCUCCAUCCCAGUACAGUGAGGAAGAAGAGGAGGAAGAUUCAGGCAGUGAGCAUUCCCGCAGCCGCUCGAGGUCUGGCCGGCGCCAUUCCUCACAUCGUUCCUCCCGGCGUUCUUAUUCAAGUAGCUCAGAUGCCUCAUCAGACCAGAGCUGCUAUAGUAGACAGCGCAGUUACUCUGAUGACAGCUACAGUGACUAUAGUGACCGAUCACGAAGGCACUCCAAACGUUCCCAUGACUCAGAUGACUCAGACUAUGCCAGCUCCAAACACCGAUCCAAACGGCACAAAUAUUCAUCUUCUGAUGAUGACUAUAGCCUCAGUUGCAGCCAGUCCCGAAGCCGGUCUCGGAGUCAUACCAGAGAGCGCUCAAGAUCCCGGGGCCGCAGCCGCAGCAGCAGUUGUAGUCGUAGUCGGAGCAAGCGGAGAAGCCGUAGCACUACAGCCCACAGCUGGCAACGGAGCCGGAGCUAUAGCCGGGACCGCAGCCGCAGCACCAGGAGCCCUUCCCAGAGAUCAGGCUCCAGGAAGGGAUCGUGGGGUCAUGAGAGCCCUGAGGAAAGGCAUUCUGGGCGUCGGGACUUCAUUCGUUCUAAGAUCUACCGCUCCCAGUCCCCCCACUAUUUCCGAUCAGGCCGGGGAGAAGGUCCCGGGAAGAAAGAUGAUGGCAGAGGAGAUGACAGUAAAGGGACAGGUCCACCUACCCAGAACAGCAACAUUGGCACAGGAAGAGGGUCAGAAAGUGACUGCAGUCCUGAAGACAAGAACUCUGUCACUGCCAAACUGCUGCUGGAGAAGAUCCAGUCAAGGAAAGUGGAGAGGAAACCUAGUGUGAGUGAGGAGGUGCAGGCCACCCCUAAUAAAGCUGGGCCCAAGCUCAAAGACCCCCCACAAGGUUACUUUGGGCCCAAGCUCCCCCCAUCUCUUGGCAAUAAGCCCGUCCUUCCACUGAUAGGGAAGCUCCCAGCUACCCGAAAGCCCAACAAGAAAUGUGAAGAGUCUGGCUUGGAAAGGGGGGAAGAGCAAGAACAGUCAGAGACGGAAGAAGGGCCCCCAGGGAGUAGUGAUACCCUUUUUGGGCAUCAGUUCCCUUCAGAGGAAACAACUGGCCCCUUAUCAGAGCCACCCCCAGAAGAACCAAAGUCUGAAGAAGCUACUGCUGAUCAUCCUGUGGCUCCACUAGGCACCCCGGCACACUCUGACUGCUACCCUGGGGACCCAAACAUCUCCCAUAGCUACCUCCCCGACCCCAGUGACGGGGACACCCUGGAGUCCCUGGAUAACAGCAGUCAACCAGGCCCUGUGGAAUCCAGCUUGCUGCCUAUAGCACCAGACCUUGAGCAUUUCGCCAGUUAUGCGCCUCCCAGUGGAGAUCCUAGUAUUGAGUCAACAGAUGGGGCUGAGGAUGCUUCACUGGCCCCCCUGGAGAGCCAGCCCAUCACCUUCACCCCUGAGGAGAUGGAGAAGUACAGCAAGCUCCAACAGGCUGCACAGCAACACAUCCAGCAGCAGCUUCUGGCCAAGCAAGUAAAGGCCUUUCCAGCCUCAGCUGCCCUGGCCCCAGCCACACCAGCCCUGCAGCCCAUCCACAUUCAGCAGCCAGCUACAGCCUCUGCCACCUCCAUCACAACUGUUCAGCAUGCCAUCCUACAACAUCAUGCUGCAGCAGCUGCUGCCGCCAUUGGCAUUCACCCCCACCCCCAUCCCCAGCCACUUGCCCAGGUGCAUCAUAUUCCCCAGCCCCAUCUGACCCCCAUUUCCUUGUCCCACCUCACUCACUCAAUCAUCCCUGGCCACCCUGCCACCUUUCUCGCUAGCCAUCCCAUCCACAUCAUUCCUGCCUCAGCCAUCCAUCCUGGGCCGUUCACCUUUCACCCUGUCCCACAUGCUGCCCUCUACCCCACUCUGCUUGCCCCACGGCCUGCUGCAGCAGCUGCCACCGCCCUCCACCUUCACCCACUACUUCACCCCAUCUUCUCAGGUCAGGACCUGCAGCAUCCUCCCAGCCAUGGCACAUGAGUUGGGGAUGGGAUCCUAUGUAGGGCCAGGGAAGGAGAACCAUAAAUGUUCCCUUGGGGGUGUUGAGCCAUUAGUACCAGCAAAUAGAAGCUGGGAUGGGCAGUGUCUGGCAGCCAAAGAAUUGAGUUUUGGCUUGCAGGGGUGGGUUUAGAUUUGAAGUUUGCUUUGAGUUUACUAUCAGGGAUUUCUUUUUUCCUGUCCUUCUCUCAAUUUGUCCCUCCUUCUGCUGUGUUUCUAAGCUAGGGAACACCAGUAAGUGCUACCCACCCCUCUGCAGCGACAUCUCCUAACUGUCAAGUUUAGAUAAUUCCUUCCUCCCUCUGCUUUUUAUCCUCUGCGCUUCCCUUCUAUAAAGUUUUAAACAUUUUCCUCCUCUCUGGGCAGUGGGUUGUCACCAAAGCACUUGCUGUGGGCCCAUCUGGUCUUGCCUUCUCAGUGCCACAAGGAAGGCCAAGCUGUUCUCGUGGUGGAAGUGCCACCACUUUGGAGUAGUAUCUUUGACCAUCCUUGGUGACCUUAUGUUAUCCCAGGUGAGGUGGAAAGGGAGUCUGACCUGGAACCUGAUGCAGCUCAGGCUGCAAUUCGAUCCAGCCCCACAUAAACGGGGCCACACAUUUGGCACUGUUAUCCUGAUGUCCCUCACCCCAGAGGAGGCAUCUCCAUAUCCCAGAAAAGAUCCUAUCAUGAAUAGAAGCUCUGCGGAGUAUACAGUUGCCCGUGUGCUUUCCCAGAGAGGAGUUCAUGUGUCUGAAGUGAAGGGUAUAUUUUCUUCUGUUGUGUUGAUGUUUCCUUUUUAAUUUAUAGGAUUUUUUAAUGUAAAAAAUUGCACUGAACUCUAUAAACGUAAAUGCUGCUUUUUGUAGCUCAUAUAAAAAAGGUUCCAUAUUUGUAGUAUACUGCAAUAAUAUUUUUUACAUCCAGCUCUUUAAGUGAUCCUCGUUCUGGUGGCUUUGUGUAAAUAUGUUUGCCUUAGUUGAAUUAAGAAACUUUAAAGGUUAUAAAAUGAAAACAAAAAAUAAAAGUAUUUGUUUUCUGCUAGGUGCAAAACUGACUAAGCAUGUAUAUUUUACCAAGCUCCUGUAUUUUUUGAAGUUAUGAACUAUAAAAUGUUAAAACAUUUUUUGCUGGGACAAAAUGUUAAGUAAUUUGCAGUAAGUAGUGCCCCCGGUAUUGGGAUUUUUGAGCUAAUGGGCAGCAGUCAGCUCGGGGUUUCCGAGGGAUGCUCAUCUUUGACAGUCUCCCUUGGGUACUUUUGUUGUUUUACAUAGAGAAACCAGUGGACCCCCCAGAAGAGAAGGAGGGGACUCAACAGCUUUAUUGACUGAAUCUCACAGCAGUGACAUGCAGUGAUUUUCUGGGGGGAUCCUGGGUUUCCCUGGGUACCUUGUUCCAGGCAGUCAGUCUGUUUGCCUUCCUAGUACUUAGCCUCCCCUGACAGUUUUUUUUUUUUUUAAUGUGCCUUUUGGGUUGUUAGAAACUGAAGUAGAAGUAGACUGAAGGAUGAGUUGGGACAGUCUUCUUCCUUUUAUUGGGAGGUAAGCACAUUUAUAGAUACUUCAAAUUGUUUUGCUUCAUAGUUUCCGUGCCCUCUGCCCAGCUCAGUUUAAGCAGUAAACGUUCCUUGUUUCUUUUCCAUGACACUGACCAGCGGAAUUACCACCUAAGCCUCCUUCACCCCUCUUCUUGCCUUUCAUCCAGGCCCUCAGCCCUAAUUAACACACUGACCCAAAGGUGCUUGUAUUGCAGGUUCCAUCUCCUUUGAUGAGGUUAACAAUUCCCUCUGUGGCAUUUUCCUAACUAUUCCUGUAGCUAGAAUUGGCUGGGUGGUCACUUGACAAGAAAAACUUUGCUUACCUGGGCCAAGGCUCUGUGUUCCUGCCUUCUCAGAUUCUCAAAAGAGAAAGGUUUUGAGUUUAUGAGAAGAAAGUGCCAGGCAAACACAACUCUUGACUGCCCUCCCUCCUACCUAUUCAGUGCUCCUCGUCUGAUUCAGAAGCAUCACUUCUUGGAUAACUAGCACUGGAAAAACAAAAUCAUCUGUGAGUGAAGGGACUCAUUUUUCUUUGCUUUCAGCCCAUGUAAAUAUUUAAAUAAUACAGUAUUAAUAUUUUGUGCUGCUUCCCAUUAGCUUGUAGAUUGAGCCAUACUCUGGCUGCCUCUUUGCCUUCCUAGAGGCAUUUUCCUUAACUUCCAGAAUAGUGAUUUUAAAACUUAAAAAAACAAAAUAACCUAUCCUUACUUACAAGCAUAACAGAUUGUAUUUAACUUUAUCACAUAUGAUAGAGAUAUAUAUGCUGUAAAAUGAGGGAAAGGAACUUUCUAAUAAACCAAUGAUUUGUGGAAACUUA